CGUGUGCGGGCGCCGGGCAGCGCAGCGCGGCGGGUCCCGUUCGGCGGGGAGGAAGGCGGGGCGGGGAGGAGGUGAAAAGCAGAGGCCUCUAAGUAGCUUGAUGCAGUUAGGUACUUCCCGCCUGGAUGCUCGGAUGGGCAGGAGAGAGGAGCUGCCCCCCCUGGAGAGCCCGGCAGGCAGCCAGCCUCUUCUCCUCUUAAUUUAACGGGCACUUGCGAGCGCUGACAGCAGCGAGGGGUUCUCGCUUUUGAGAUGCGCAGGCAGGACUGAGAAGAUCUUGCUCACUGUAGGACCCAGAGUGGCUUGGAUUUGUCAGAGGGAAAUGCUGCAGCAUGAACCCACCGCCUAGAGAGAAGGGAUCGCACCACCUCGGCGCCGUUCCCUGAGCCAGCCCGACAGCAGCCGUCCGGCGGGGAGCCUGCACGGGGGACUGACGCCGGGAGCAGCCCAGCCCUGCCGCUCUGCCGCCCGGCUCCGGCGGGAUGCUUUCGCCGCCGCCUUCAUGCCGAAAGGGAGGACUCUGAAUCACCGCUCCGCGCCCUGCAAGCCUCUCGGGCAAGGACCCCGGGUAGCGGCGGGGCCCCGCGGCUCAGCCCGGUCCGGAGCCAUCCACGUGUCACCCACCGGCGUUCCCCGGUGAAGGCGCCCGCUCCAGCCGGCGGUGCGGGGGGGGACCCCUGAGCCUUUCGCCGCAGAAACCAGCGGCUCCCCCCGGGGUGGCGGCGGAUCCCGCCCGGCGGCUGCGACCCGGUGCCCCAUGGUGCUGCUGCGGAAGCUGCCGGGCAUGCCGGGCUGGCCGGCGGCGCUGGGGCUGCGGCUGCCGCAGAAGUUCCUGUUCCUGCUCUUCCUCUCGGGCCUGCUCACCCUGUGCUUCGGGGCCCUCUUCCUUCUGCCCGAUUCCUCCCGCUUCAAGCGCCUCUUCCUUCCCCGCCGGGCCACCGCCUCCGCCGCCUCCUCCUCUUCUUCCUCCGCCUCCUCCUCCUCCGCCUCCUCCUCCACCCGCGACACCGACCUGCCCCGCAGCCCCCCCGCCGCCGCCGAGCCCCGCCACGCCAGUCCCGCCGCCCCCCGCCGCCUCCGGGAGAAGCUCCGUACCGCCGCCCGCAUGGCCGGCCCGCCGGCCCACACCGCGCCUGGCUCCCGGCAGCAGGUGCAGGGCGGCGAACGGCGAGCCGAGCCCGCCACCGGGGCUCCCUCCGCCCGGGAAACGCGAGCUCCAUACCGCUUCGACUAUGAACGGUUCCGACGGAGCCUCCGCCACCCGGUGCGGGGCAGGCGGCCCGGCGAGGACCCGGAGACCCGCGCCCGUAGGAUGAAGGUUAAAGAGAUGAUGAAAUUCGCUUGGGAUAACUACAAACAAUAUGCACUUGGAAAAAAUGAACUGCGACCGCUGACUAAGAACGGACACAUUGGUAACAUGUUUGGAGGCCUUCGAGGAGCUACAGUAGUAGACGCCUUAGAUACUCUGUACAUCAUGGAACUCGAGGAGGAAUUCCAAGAAGCAAAGAAGUGGGUGGAGAAGAGCUUCGACUUGAAUGUGAACGGAGAAGCAUCCUUGUUUGAGGUGAACAUCCGCUAUAUUGGAGGACUGUUGGCCGCAUACUACUUAACUGGAGAAGAGGUGUUCAAGAGUAAAGCUCUGGAACUUGGAGAGAAACUUUUGCCAGCUUUUAACACCCCCACUGGUAUCCCACGUGGCGUCAUAAAUCUGGGCAGUGGCAUGAGUUGGAGUUGGGGUUGGGCAUCUGCUGGAAGCAGCAUCUUAGCAGAAUUUGGUACCUUGCACUUGGAAUUCCUGCACCUCUCGGAGCUCUCUGGCAACCCGGUGUUUGCAGAAAAGGUGAUGAACAUCCGCAAAGUCCUGAACAGAGUUGAGAAGCCACAGGGCCUUUAUCCCAACUUUCUCAGCCCGGUGACAGGGAACUGGGUGCAGCACCAUGUCUCCAUUGGGGGGCUUGGGGACAGCUUUUAUGAAUAUCUCAUCAAAUCUUGGCUGAUGUCAGACAAGAAAGACUCUGAAGCUAAAAAGAUGUAUGACGAUGCGCUAGAGGCAAUAGAAAAGCAUUUGGUCAAAAAGUCUGCUGGAGGAUUGACCUACAUUGCUGAAUGGAGGGGUGGCAUCUUGGAUCACAAAAUGGGCCACUUGGCUUGCUUCUCGGGGGGCAUGAUAGCACUUGGAGCUGAACACGCUGGAGAAGAGAGGAAGCAACAUUACGUGGAUCUUGCUGCAGAAAUAACAAACACAUGUCACGAGUCUUAUGCACGCUCAGAUACCAAACUCGGCCCCGAAGCCUUUCGCUUUGAUGCUGGAACUGAAGCCAUGGCAACCAGACUCAGCGAGCGCUACUACAUCCUACGCCCAGAAGUGGUAGAAAGCUACAUGUACAUGUGGCGGCUGACACAUGAUCCCAAGUACAGGCAGUGGGGCUGGGAGGUUGUGAAGGCCCUGGAAAAACAUUGUAGAGUAGAAGCUGGUUUUUCUGGCAUCCGAGAUGUUUACACCACAACUCCAACCCAUGACAACAUGCAACAGAGUUUUUUCCUUGCAGAGACUCUGAAGUACCUCUAUCUUCUGUUCUGUGAAGAUGACGUGCUGUCCCUGGACGACUGGGUGUUCAACACAGAGGCUCACCCCCUGCCAGUCAACCACACAAACUUUAAAGCAAGUGUGCAGUAGUGAGGCCGUUGCCCAGCGCCCUGCUUCUGCAGCGUCAGCGGGUUACUGCAUUUCCUUUCCAUUAAAGGAAUUCGCGUUGUUCCUAAAAUGGUAUUUUGGGGCACUAGUCCAAUUCCGGACAGUAUUAUAUUGGGGAGAUGAAACCAUGACAUAAGCACCUUCUUUUCCUCUGUGAGGAGCUCUAUUAGCCUGAUAAUGAGAUGUUUAUUCUGGGCCAUAUUGUACACAGCUCAUAGACAUUCCUUUAUACAGAGAAUUUAUAUGAAAUCCACUGACUUUGCUUUAUAGUGGCCAAAGGACUGGAAGUUUGCCAUAAAAUAGACUUCACACACACACACACACACAUCCUCCUUUCGUUUUUCUGUUUCAUUUUUGCCUUUUAUAUACUCUCGGAUUUAUCACCUUUCUAAUUAACAGUUUUCAAUAUACUGUGCUUUCUAGGUGGUAGGCUUUCUAAGCUUUUUAGGAAGGACAGGAUGGGUGAACGAGGAAGAGGAGUUGCCCUUUAUGUGAGAGAGCAGCUGGAGAGUGCGUGGAGCUCUGCCUGGGGAUGGAUGAGGAGCUGACUGAGAGCUUAUGGGUCAGGAUUAAAGAGAGGACAGGUAAAGGUGACAUUAUAGUGGGUGUCUGCUAUAGGCCACCUGACCAGGAAGAACAAGUGGAUCAGACCCUCUACAGACAGAUAGGAGCAGCCUCAGGUUUGAAUUUGCCAGCCCUGGUCCUCAUGGAGGACUUCAGCCACCCUGAUAUCUGCUGGAGGGACAACACAGCAGGGCAUAAGCAAUCCAGGAGGUUCCUUGAGUGGACUGAUGAUGAAUUCUUCCUCCAAGUGAGAGAGGAGCCAACAAAGAGAGAUGCUCUGCUGGACCUCAUACUCACCAACAAGCAGGGGCUCGGGGGUGUGGAGAUCAAAGGCAGCUUUGGCUGCAGUGACUAUGAGAUGGUGGAGUUCAGGAUCCUGAGGGCAGGGAGGAGGGUGAAAAGCAAGCUCACAACCCUGGACUUCAGGAGAGCAGACUUUGGCCUCUUCUGAGAUCUGCUUGGAAGAGUCCCACGGGAUAAGACCCUGGAGGGAAGAGAGGCCUGAGAAAGCCAGUUAAUAUUCAAGAAUCAUGUCCUCCAAGCUCAGGAGAGUUCCAUUCCAAUGAGCAGGAAGUCAGGCAAAAAUGCCAGGAGGCCUGUGUGGAUGAACAGAGAACUCCUAGCCAAACUCAGACACAAAAAGGAAGCACACAGAGGGUGGAAGCGAGGAUGGGUAACAUGGGAGGACUACAGAAACAUUGUCUGAGCAUCCAGGGCUGACGUUAGGAAAGCUAAAGCCCAAAUGGAAUUCAGUUCAGCCAGGAAUGUCAAAGACAACAGGAAAGGCUUCUGUAAGAACACAGGCAACAAGAGGAAGGCUGGGAAAACGUGGGCCCACUGCUGAACAAGACAGGGGACCUGGUUACCCAGGACAUGGAGAAGGCUGAAAUACCAAAUGUCGCCUUUGCCUCAGUCUUUGCUAGCAAGACUGGCCUUCAGGAAUCCCAGGUUCCAUGGAGCAGGGGGAAAGGCUGGAGCAAGGAAAAUGUACCCUUGGUGGAAGAGGAUCAGGUCAGGGAAUACUUAAGCAAACUGGACAUACGUAAGUCCAUGGGCCUUGAAGGGCUGCACCCACAAGUGCUGAGAGAGCUGGCAGAUGUCAUUGCAAGGCCACUCUCAAUCUUUGAUUGAUCAUGGCAACUGAGAGAGGUGCCGGAAGACUGGAGUAAAGCAAAUGUCACUCCUAUCUUCAGGAAGGGCAAGGAGGAGGGCCCAGGGAACUACAGGCUCGUCAGCCUCUCCUCAGUCCCUGGGAAGGUGAUGGAGCAGCUAAUCCUGGAAACCAUUUCCAGGCACACAAAUGACAAAAAGUCUAGUCAGAGGCCAGUAACUAGUGGAGUACCCCAGGGGUCAAUACUGGGCCCAGUCCUGUUUAACAUCUUCAUUAAUGAUCUGGAUUUCCAGUUCGAGGCUCCUCAGUACGAGAGAGACAUAGACAUAAAGAUCAGUAAGGGACUGGAACAUCUCUCCUAUGAGGAAAGGCUGAGAGCUGGGACUGCUUAGCCUAGAGAAGGCUCAGGGGGAUCUUAUUAAUGUAUAUAAAUACCUGAAGGGAGGGUGCAAAGAGCCAGGCUCUUCCCAGUGGCACCCAGUGCCAGGACCAGAGGCAGCGGGCACACGCUGAAACACAGGAGGGUCCCCCUGAACGUGAGGAAACACUUUUUUACUCUGAGGGUGACUGAGUGCUGGCACAGGUUGCCCAGGGAGGCUACGGAGUCUCCAUCCUUGGAGAUGCUCAGAAGCCACCUGGACAUAGUCCUGGGCAACCAGCUCUAGGUGGCCCUGUGUGAGCAGGGGGGGUGGCCCAGAUGACCUCCGGAGGUCCCUGCCAGCCUCAACCAUUCUGUGAUUCUGUGAUUGUGGUGUCAAAAUUGUAACUAAAUCAAAACCUGUCUGCAAAAUUCUUGAUCCUAAUGUAUUUUUAUAUACUUUUUCUGUGCUCUUAAAACACAUUUACCACACUUCACAUCUCAUUUAACUUUCCUUUAUCGUUUUUGUGUUUUUCUACUUUUAUUUGGAACUAAAUGUUAUGAGUCACUUGUAAUAAUUUCACUGCUGUAAUAGUCAAAUCUGUGAAACAGAAUAAAAGUCUUGUAAAAUAAAAA